GACGGAAAACGAGAGACUGAACACUUCCUGUGUUUUGAAGACUUGCAGACAGACAGAUGAUUGAAUAAAUCCUAUUUGCAAUGAUGCAUACGCGCUUUAUCAAUUGUACUUAUACAUACUUAGGAGAGCCAUUGCAUUUAUUUGGACUGUGAAUCAACUUUAAGGUCGGUUUCCUAACAGUUUGCGAGGAGUGAUGAAUAACUAUGUGUUCAUCAGAGUGGUGGGGAAAGGGAGCUAUGGAGAAGUGAACUUGGUGAAACACAGAGCAGAUCGGAAACAGUACGUCAUCAAAAAGUUGAACCUGACCAAGUCCACCAAGCGGGAGAGGCGUGCCGCGGAGCAGGAGGCCAAGCUGCUGUCCCAGCUGCGGCACCCCAACAUCGUGACCUACCGGGAGUCCUGGGAGGGCGAGGACUGCCAGCUCUACAUCGUCAUGGGCUUCUGCGAGGGCGGGGACCUCUACCACAGACUCAAGCAGCAGAAGGGGGACCUCCUACCUGAGAGGCAGGUGGUGGAGUGGUUUGUCCAGAUUGCCAUGGCGCUCCAGUAUCUGCAUGAGAAGCACAUCCUUCACCGGGACCUUAAGACCCAGAACAUCUUCCUGACCAAGACCAACAUCAUCAAGGUGGGAGACCUGGGCAUCGCGAGGGUCCUGGAGAACCAGAACGACAUGGCCAGCACCCUGAUCGGAACGCCGUACUACAUGAGCCCUGAGCUCUUCUCCAAUAAACCCUAUAAUCACAAGUCAGAUGUAUGGGCGUUGGGAUGCUGUGUGUAUGAAAUGUCGACACUGAAGCACGCCUUCAAUGCCAAGGAUAUGAACUCGCUGGUUUACCGCAUUGUACAAGGGAAGCUGCCUCAGAUGCCGGGUCAGUACGACCCCCUCCUGGGCGAGCUGAUCAGGAGCAUGCUGUGCAAGAGGCCGGAGGAGCGUCCCGAUGUGAAGCUCAUCCUCAGAGAGCCCUACAUCAAGAGGCAGAUCGCCAUGUUCCUGGAGGCCACCAAGGAGAAAACCGCCAAGUCCAGAAGGAAGGCUGUGGAUGGGGCCGGUGACGCCGGUGGCAGCAGGGCAGGGUCAGGUGUCUCCCCUCAGCCAAAGAGACCGCCACAGAGCCCCCCCGGCCCGCCCCUCCCCCGGCCCCCAAGGAGGGACGGCGAUCAGAACGGCCACGCCCCCACUCCCCCAGCCCGGUCCCCUUCGCCUGACCCCGCCCCCGAAGCCAGCCCCUUCUCCAGCAGUCUGGCGACCGUCAGCAGCAUCACUAUUGAUAUUGAACCCGUGCAGCAGCAGCAGCCGCCGGGCCGAGGGGAGGGGCCGGCGGAGAGCCCAGCCCAGCGGCCCCCUUCGGCAGUGUCCGGCCCCCCCGAUGCACCCCGACCCGGCCCCCCCGCGGCCCCCAGGGACCGCAAGCACAAGAGGAAACCAGAGCCGUCCCGGCGGGGAGGGGAGGAGGAGGGCCGGAGCAGGGGGUCGCCCUGCCACUCACACGCUGUGGAGGCCCAAAGCGAUAAGCCACCGCCUUCGGCUGCAGAUGACAAGGACGACACCAUGGAGCUACUGAAAGAAUCGGCGUUAGAGAACCCCCCGCUGGGUCCGAGCGCGGCUCUGAGCGCUGCGGGGGUCCACAGCUCUGCAGACGAAGAGAAGGAAGCGGCGGAAAACCCCUCCAAUGGCCAAGAGAUCCUAGAAUCAACUGAAAAGCUACUGGAGCCAUUUCCAGCCAUGGUGAGUAUUAAGGGAUUAAGGAAUCUUAAUCUCAAUAUUUGUAUAUUGAGAUUAAGGUUUAGAUUGAUAAAGUCAGAACAACAUGAAGACCCAAGCCCAUCCUCACAUCCAGUAUCUGGGUGGGGCGGACGGUGUGCUCCGGGGCUCGUGGGUCCUCACUUCUCCAUGGAGCCCUCCAUGUCCCAGCAGCACAGACAGAGGGAGGACGGACGCAUGCUCGUGGAUCAGCUCAAGUCCAGGGGGCUCUCUGCCAGGCCGCUGCCCCCCCCUCCGGCCCAGACCCCAGCGGGGGACCGGAGGAAGAGGAGCAGGGUGAGCACAGAGAAGAAGAGCCCCACGGCCACCUCCUCGUCGUCCUCCACUCGUCCCUUCGGUGGUGGACUACUGGCACUUCCACAGGCGCCCCCUCUGUCGGCCAGAGAGAGGAGAAGGCUGAGGCAGUCCCAGGAACAGGCCAUCCAGCCAGUAGUCCAUGCUGUGAGACGGGCGUCCUACGACGUCACAACCUAUCAGAGCAGGCAGCAGGAUGUCCGAGCCUGCAGAUCGGUCUCUGAGUCCGGCGACCCGCUCGGUCAGAACGAGCGUCUACAUGACCAGCGGUCAGAGGAGGACGACUGCAGCUCGUCCACAAGCUCCACAGAGCGCUCCGAGGGCGAUGGCAGAGAAGGGAAGACUGAAUCUACCGACAUGCAUGAUCUGGUUCAGAUGAUGACGCAGACAUUACGAAUGGAUGGCCGAGAACGUGUUAACGACAUCAUGUGCGAAAGCACUGCCUUGCCAGAGUUUAAACUCAACAGGAAGUACAGGGACACGCUGGUGCUUCACGGGAAGGCUUGGGACCAAACCGACUUUCCACUCAAUGAUUUACCAUCGGGCACCACCUCAGGGCCGGCAAAGAUUCGGAGGGCCAUCGAGUACCUGAGGACGGAUGUUGUGAAGGGCCUGGGGGUCAAGUUGCUGGACAAAGUCCUGGAGCUCAUGGAUGAGGAGGAUGACCACAAACGACAAGUGUGCCUUCGCGAACAAAUGGGAGAAGAGAAGUACCUAGCCUAUGCUGUGAUGGUGAGGCAGCUGAAGUUCUUUGAAGACAUUUCCUUCAAGGGAUGAAAAACAAAAUCUAUCCAUGUCUAACCUAAGAUGAUGUUGUGUAGUUGUUCCUAUGUUCAAGAUGUGUAACUGUUAUCUAAUAUUUUUUUAAAUUGUAUCCCAUUUUUUGCACAACUUCUGAGAUAUGUUUAGUAUUAUAACUAUGCAACGAUUAUGAAUCUUUCGAUUGUUUUUGGUAGAGUGUCAACUUCAGCAAUAUGUGCUACUAUAAAGUUUAGAAUUUUAUAAUUAAGGCUGGAAUGCAAGCUAUUGUCCGAAUGCUUUACCUUUUAAUGAAGGGCAUAGAUCACGUUUGUGCUGCUUUUCAAGUUAUGUAGGUGUUCUGUGAUUAUCUACAAGUCUCACAAGAGUCAAAUAAACUUUAGGAAUUUG